ACAAUUAUACGGCCCCUACGAUUGCCGCUGCGUGGCCAAUCCACAGAAGGUUCAGAAUCACUGCAGCUGCUUCUGCUGCUGCUGCUGCUGCUUGAGCUGCUACCGAUAAAGGCACCAAGGCCCACCUCCUCUCUUCUCUUCGGCUGGAACCCAUUGUACUUGGAGCCGUGCUUUCCCCUUCCAGGUGACCGCGAACGUCUGCCACUUCUUCCACGUCCAGAAUUCUGGCUUCUGCGUCGUGAUGGAACUCUUUCAGGGGAGGAGCUGCUGCUGCUACUGCUGCUGCUGCUACUGCUGCUGCUGCUACUGCUGCUGCUGCUGCUGCUACUGCUGCUGCUGCUGCUGCUGCUAGUGCUGACAUUUCUAUCUCUCCUACCGCGGCCAGCCAAUUCUGUAUCCGAUGAGUAG